AUGAUCAGAUUGCAAGUGACCAAUGCACAGGAUAUAAAACCCCUUAAGGACCUACUCGAGGAGAACCAAUGGCUAAAUAGAUCUUUCAAGAUUGAAAAAGCGGAUGGCACAUUUCACAUCUACACUACAUUGAAAACCAUUCCAGGAUUAUUGUCACAUCUACGAUGGGAUCGCUACAAGGACCAAGAAAAACCAAAACAGUCACUAGCAUCUAUUCGAGAUAGGUAUUGUAGUGACCAUGAUGUACCUUACUUUGAUGUGCCAAAAAGAUGGACGGUGUAUCCACCAAUGCUACUUUUCAGCGCCAAUACCGACGACACUCUACCGAGUGAAUUCUGCAACUACUUACUCCAACAUCAUCAAGCAAUGUUUGGUAAUAAAAACAUCACUCAUGUGGCAUUGAAUAGGCCAAUCAUAGAAUCGGACAUCCUUCGCAGACCCACAAACUUGGUUCCGGUGUUUGGCGAUUUUGGACCAGAGGUGAAUGAUGUGCCAACAGUGGGCGAUUUUGAAAAUGCAUUAUGGUGUCUGGUGGUACAGAAUGGUAUAUAUCAAACGUGGGCACCAAGGUACACAAUGUUUUCAAGAGGCAACAUAAAAGAGAAGAAGCGGAUUCUAGACAAUUGCAACGAUUUAAAAGGAACAAUCGUGUUUGACUUUUAUUGUGGUAUUGGGUAUUUUUCGUUGAGCUAUCUACGAAACGGUGCAAAGGUACUAUGUUGGGAGUUGAAUCCAUGGUCGAUAGAAGGAUUUAGGCGAAGUUUGAAACAAGUUGGAUACAAAUACAAAAUCUACGGGGAAGAUGAUGCUUUUACGAUUGAUGAUCUCAAACUUUACGAUGCUUGUUUAUUCCUAGAGAGUAAUGAAGCAAUACCACUGAGACUUGAGCAUGUGCCUAGUCAGGGCUUAAAUAUAAGUCACAUCAACUUGGGACUUUUACCAACUUCGAAACCAAGUUGGCCAAUUGCAAAUACCCUCGUAGCACGAAAAUCUUCUUCCUCCACGGUGAUUCAUGUGCAUGAAAAUGUGCAUGUUGACGAAAUUGACCAGAUGAAAGAAGAGAUAGAAUUCAAGUACGAUAACAGCACCGUUGUGCAUAUUGAAAAGAUAAAGACAUUUGCACCGGAUGUGUGGCAUGUCGUUUUCGAUGUCGUCAUAAAAAGAGAGAGGAAAUAA